CGAAAGAACAAUUUGAUAUUUGACAAAUGAAUGCAAAAUAAUUUUUAAAACGAAUAACGAGUAAUAAUCAUAAUAUAUAAUAACGAGAUCAAAUAAAUAUAAAAAAUGCCUAGAAGAAAAAUAAUAACAAGAAAUGUAACUUGGCUUUCUGAAGAAAUAUCUAAUGAUCAGAAUUUUUCAAAUUCCUUUCAUUUUUACAAGAAAUUCCAAUUUGCGGAUAUUGUUGCUGAAAUUGGCGAUUUUGUUUUAAUAUCAAAUGCAGACGCAGCUGAGCCAGACACAGAAGGCGGUUGUGAUGCCGCAAAGAUACUGGCUUUAUAUGAAGACCAAUCGAAUAAGAAUGAUCCAUUCAGAGCAAAGGUUCAAUGGUAUUCUAGACCAAGUGAUUUACCCAAAGAAUGUGACUCGAAAAAUAUUUUGUUUUAUGAUAAAGAGGUAAUAGAAGAUAAUCGUCCAUUCGACACAGAUGUGUCCAUAGAAACUAUAUUUAAAAAGUGUUACAUUACAUUAACAAUUACAAAAGACACAGAUGAUACAUUAAUUGGAGCUCCCUCAUAUCAUUACAUUUGUCGCUAUAGACUCAUGCCUUUUGGUAGAAAAAAGGUUCACAUAGAACCUGUACUUGAAGAUGAAAGAAAGGCUCUAGAACUUCUGACUACCCCCAGGAAAAAUAAUGCUACUCCAAAAUCAAAAACUCCUAAAACACCAAACAGCUUAAUUAAGAGAAUGGGUCGAGUCUCAAUUUCAGAAAAAAAUUGGAGUGUUAGUAAAAAUGAUGGAACUAAGCUUCUUCUUAAAAGAGCGAUUUUAGCGGACAGAAAUGAAAAAGAAUCACCUAAAAAAUCCACUCCAAGAAGUUUAAAAUCAACACCAAUAUUGGACUCACCAAGGAGUACCAAAACAUUAAAUAAAAAUAAUAUUCAGGAAAUACUUUCAAUGGAAUUAAAAGAAAAUUCAGAUGAUGAGUUACCAACUCUUAUUAUAAGAGAACAUAUUCCUACAACUCCAAAAAGAAAAAUACCCCAACCGAAAAUAAAUAAUGAAACUCCAAAAAAAGUACUAGUAUUUGAGGAUGAUGAAAAAGAAAUGUAUGCAACUCGAUCUGGGAGAGUAACAAGACAUCCUAUAUACCGUGAAGAUGAAAUAUCCCCUGUUAAACGAAUACCAAGGAGAACAACACGUAAAGUAAGUUCUGGUGGAGAAAGUGAGAUUGACUUUGAAGAAGUGCCUAAAACACCUAAGGUUCCCAGGACUCCUAAAACACCACGGACUCCUAGGACACCUAUAAUUACAACUUCUAUUACCAAAACACCUAGAAGCGUUAAAAGGGUAUUAACUAGUGCACUCACACCAACAUUACACACAAGAGCACAUCCAGUUGAUAAUAUUAAUGAAUUUCUAAUAGAAAAUAAAUCACUACCAGGCAGAGAAAAUCAGAUGCAUGAAAUACUAUCAUUUGUUAGGAGUAAGCUCUUACACGGUGUAAGUGGGUGUAUGUAUAUCUCAGGAGUACCAGGAACAGGUAAAACUGCAACUGUUAACUCAGCACUCAAGGUCCUGAAAGAGGAACAAGAUUUGCCUGACUUUCAACUUGUUGAAGUUAAUGGAAUGCGGAUAGCUGAACCCAGACAAGCCUAUGUGCAAAUAUACAAACAACUCACAGGCAAGUCAGUGGUGUGGGAACAAGCAUGUUCCCUUCUGGAGAAGCGCUUCCAAAACCCAGGACCACGAAGAACACCAACAGUACUCGUUGUUGAUGAAUUGGACGCACUCUGCAACCGGCGACAGGAUGUUCUCUACAGCAUAAUGGAGUGGGCAGCCCAUAAUACAGCACUACUAACCGUUCUAGCUGUAGCUAACACUAUGGACCUACCUGAGCGAGCACUUGCCGCUAGAGUUGCGUCCAGGCUAGGUCUCACUAGACUGACCUUCCCACCUUACACUCAUACCCAGUUGCAGUGUAUAGUCGCUACAAGGCUUGUUGGUGCUAAUGUCACAGCAGAUGCUGUGCAGCUUAUUGCCAGGAAAGUAGCAGCAGUAUCCGGUGAUGCUCGUCGUGCUUUAGCGUUAUGUGCACGAGCCUUGGAAAUAGCCGGUCCCAACUGCGCCGGAAUGAAGGAAGUGCAACAAGCACUGGGUGAAGCUGCCUCUGGUGCUACAGUCAGGGCUAUACGAAACUGCUCCCCUGCUGAAAGGCUCAUGUUGAGAGCAGUUGCCGCGGAGGUUGAAAGAACAGGUUCAGAUGAGACAACCUUAUCGCGUGCACUGGCAACAGCAGCCGCUAUAGUUGCAUUGGAUGGGCGUCCAUACCGAUCGGCACCCAGAAUCAGAGCACCCACACCUUCACAAGCACAGACAAUAUGUGCUAGACUAGCAGCAAUCAAGUUAUUAUUGAUGGAACCAAAACCCUCAGAACCAAGAUUGUUACUCAAUGUUAGUGCUGAUGAUGUACAUUAUGCAACCAAGAAAGUCAUUGUGUGAUGAACUGAUCUCCAUCAAGAAGAAUUAGUAAAUGUUACAAAGAUUUUAUUUUUUAAAUAUGAAUGCAGCAUUCUUCCAAUUCAGUCAGUUUUGUGUAACAUUUUGAAAAAGUAGUAGUAAAUAAGAUUAAUAUGAAUUUUUAUGAGCAUUUUAUGACUUAUAAGUGAUGUUCU